GAAGAGGCCUGAGCCCGGGGCCCGGGACAGGUUUUACCGCUGAGCUGUGGCGGCGGCGGCGGGCUCGCGCCACCUGUCCGAGUGCCACCUGGUGAGCGCGGCGCAGCGGGGCCAAGCCCCUCCUCCCGCAGACUUUCCUCACUCCUCCCCGGCCGGAGCUGUCUCUCCUCCUGGCUGCCCAGUCCCCGGCCCCGGAGCAUGCUGACCCGCGUUUCCAUCCAGUUCUCCUCUCGCAGGUCUCCGCCUGGCUGGGGCUGAGCAAGAACUCCUGGUGACGGUGGGCUGACAGCGGCUCUUGGGACCCUUGGAGCCGAGUGGGGAGCGCGCCCGACCACCAUGCCGCGUUCGUUUCUUGUCAAGAGCAAGAAGGCUCACAGUUACCACCAGCCGCGCUCCCCCGGUCCCGACUAUUCCCUCCGUCUGGAGAAUGUACUGGCGCCAGGCGGAGCAGACAGCACCUCGAGCGCAGGCGGGACGAAGGCGGAGCCCCGGGGCCGUUUGUCCCCCGAGUCGCAGCUGACCGAGGCUCCCGACAGAGCCUCCGCGUCCCCCGGCAGCUGUGAGGGCAGCGUCUGCGACCGGGGCUCGGAGUUUGAGGACUUCUGGAGGCCUCCGUCUCCCUCUGUGUCUCCAGCCUCGGAGAAGUCGGUGUGCCCGUCGCUGGACGAAGCUCAGCCCUUCCCCCUCCCCUUCAAGCCGUACUCGUGGAGCGGCCUGGCGGGUUCUGAUCUGCGGCACCUGGUGCAGAGCUACCGGCCGUGCGCGGCCCUGGAGCGCGCCGCGGGCCUGGGCCUCUUCUGCGAACGCACCCCGGAGCCAGGCCACCCCGCAGCGCUGUACGGCCCAGAGCGGCCUGCGGGCGGCGCGGGGUCGGGGGCGCCCGGGGGAGGCAGUGCAGGAGGCAGCGCGGGCCUGGGGCUCUACGGCGACUUCGGGCCCUCGGCGGCAGGGCUGUACGAGCGGCCGGCGGCGGCGGCCGGCGGGCUGUACCCGGAGCGCGGCCACGGGCUGCACGCGGACAAGGGCACCGGCGUCAAGGUGGAGUCGGAGCUGCUGUGCACCCGCCUGCUUCUGGGCGGCGGCUCCUACAAGUGCAUCAAGUGCAGCAAGGUGUUCUCCACGCCGCAUGGGCUCGAGGUGCACGUGCGCAGGUCCCACAGCGGCACGAGACCCUUUGCGUGCGAGAUCUGCGGCAAGACUUUCGGGCACGCGGUGAGCCUGGAGCAGCACAAAGCCGUGCACUCGCAGGAACGGAGCUUUGACUGUAAGAUCUGUGGCAAGAGCUUCAAGAGGUCAUCUACGCUGUCCACACACCUGCUCAUCCACUCAGACACCCGGCCCUACCCCUGUCAGUACUGUGGCAAGAGGUUCCACCAGAAGUCGGACAUGAAGAAACACACCUUCAUCCACACUGGUGAGAAGCCCCACAAGUGCCAGGUGUGCGGCAAGGCAUUCAGCCAGAGCUCCAACCUCAUCACCCACAGCCGCAAGCAUACAGGCUUCAAGCCUUUUGGCUGUGACUUGUGUGGGAAGGGCUUCCAGAGGAAGGUGGACCUCAGGCGGCACCGGGAGACGCAGCACGGGCUCAAAUGAGUGCCCUGGGUGGCCGCAAGCAGCAGUUACACAACACUACGGAGGGCAGCCUCCCCACUUGCUGCCACCUACUUCUGACUUCUCAGGUCCCCCAGUCCAGUCUGCAGAUCCCACUUGGGUGAUCUCCCUUCACCUUACUUCCUGGAGCUGCCAGAGGGGAUAAGUUACCUUUUCAAAAUUCAGCCUGGAGUGGGAACCAGAUGACUCACUGGGCUUUGGACACAUUGAAUAGGCUCCUCUACACCUGAAGACUCGAAGUCAAGAGGGGAUCAGAUAAAAUCUUGGGCCCCACAGUCCUUCCCAUUCCCAGCCCUGCUCCACAGACAAGAAGGUCCUUCAGGUUUCUUCCCUCCUCCUCCUGACCUACCCCAGAUACUUGCGUGGAGAGGAGGAAUCACUAUUUACAAGGUAGACACAUGCAAAUGUUUCUAUCUAGAAUGAAGAAUGAGUGUUAUUUUUAUUUUUUUCCUUCUGGGGAGUCUGUUGACCCCUUUCUGUUGGGUGCUGCCUGUAAAUCAUAGAGGAAUUGUUUCUCCCACUUGAAGACUGGUUCAGAAACUGAUUUGGGGAAGGAGUUUCAUACUUCUGAAAUUACAAGAUAUGCUGUUGAGCCUGCCCCAAGAAGAAGCAGAAAAGCGGCCUUGGUGAUGAGAGAUGAGAAGUCCCCCCUCCAGGAGGCCUGUGAAGGCUUCAUCAGAGGAGGAAGCAGCACAGAUGCCUUUGGACAGAUGUCAUCCAUUCGCUCUGCAAAUGUUUAUUGACAACCGGUUACCAUGGUACCAGGCCCUAUGCUAGGUACUGGGGAGCCAGAGACUCAAGUCUCAGCCUCUGCCCUUCAAAAGCUAACAGUCAUACCUCCAAGUGACUGAUUCUGUUCUUUCCCUCCAAAAGAAUUCCGAGAAGACGAAACAGAAUCUUGAACCUUCCCUUCUGACCCAUUUGGAUUUUAUCAAGCAUAAACAAAAAAUAGCUGAACAGAUAUUUCAAAGAUUUGUGUGUAUAUUCAGUUUUUUAUUGUUAAGCUGAUAUUUUAAAGAUGUCUAAGCUAGCGGGCAUGUGGGAUUGAAGGCUCUUUCUUCAACUCUUUGACCCUCCACAUGUACCAGAGAGAAAAAAAAGUGGUAUUUUUACUUUGAGGUUUGUAAAUGUUUUUAGAUCUUCUGGAGUGCAUUAUGUUUGUUAAUACAUAUUUAUUAGAGUGAUGUUUUAAGUUAAUAAAGUAUUAAGACUCUUGCA